AUGACUCAUCUCAGUCUUACUGGAGAUACUAAAAUUAUAAACGCUGAGCGCAUUUUCAUGCGACAGUUCAAGAACCAGCUGGAACUUCAAAGAGCCCUCUCUGGCGAUAAACUACUCGCUCUCUUUGGCGACACACUCCUUCGCCAUGUUCUCGUCAAGGAGUGUGUUCGUCGGCAGGCCACCCGUCGUCAGUGUCACAAUUUGUAA